UAGUCAGUGCUGAUUGGAUGCCGUUUUCUGGCGGCAAUUGAAGCUGAGUUCAUUUUUUUGCUUCGUCAAUGGUUGUAGUGUAAAUAGGAAGUGCGGAAGAGUUAAGUAUUUCUUCCAAUAAAAUUACACUUAUCUGUAGUAAUGGAUGAAAUUAUAGUCAUAAGUGAUGAUGAAAAUGAGUAUUCACUAACUCUAAAUGAUUCCUCUGUGAUACUUGAAGAUUUUGGUCCAGCUGUUAGUGAACAACAGUGCAGAAAUGAAGAAAUAGUUGAUGAAGAGUCUGGUCUUUCUGUAACUUACUCCAAAAGAGGGGAUGUGCUGCCCCAUGCAAGAUAUGACUGUGCCGUUCACCCCUUCAGCUUUUCAGACAAUCAUAUGUGUACACCAAUGGAAAACAACAUGACAUUUUGUGAACAGUGUUACUGCUACAUCUGUGGCAAGCUUGCGUCCGAGUGUCUGUCCUGGAUUACUCCUUCCAUUUGUCACUGCAAUGCUCAUAAGAGGAGUGCAUAUUGGAAAAUGGAAAGAGAAAAGGCUAGUUUAGGCAUACUUUUUGAAUUUCAUUUUGACCUGUUAGAAAUUGAUGCUGAUCUACAGGAAGCAGGAUGUAUUUUGCAUAGGUUUGAAGACAAUUUGAAUAAGGAAUACACAAAGUUCUUACUUGGAAUAAAAGCAACCAUUCAUUCUCAUGGGACUUGCAAAUGUUCCUGUCACACGAAAAGGAAGAAGAAUAGCAGUUGUACAUUGUGCAGUUCAGGACAUAUGGAAAUUAUAAGUUAUGAUUACUCCGGUGUUCAUGACCUGGCCUAUAAACUAGUGUGUGAAGCCGAAGAAAGAAAACCAAAAGUUGCUGCAGUCUUAUUGUUGGGAAUAGCAAAGCAAAUUAUGCUUCAUAAACAGCCAAUGGCUAAUUGGCAAGAUGGAAGAGAUGAUAGAAAAUGUGCUACAACAGCAGUUUCCUUGUUGCUGACAAGGAUUACAGACUUCCUACAAAUGUUGUUUGUCAGCUCUGACUUCACAUCUUUCUUUUCAAAGAAGCUUAUGCAAUUUUUCCAGUCUUUAUACUUUCCUGUAAAUUGCAGAUAUUUUGUUAACCGGUUAAAUAUUUUUCUUUGGGACGACCCACUGUUGGUGGCAGUAUUAAAGGGGCAGAAUGUUUCUGGAACUCGCAUAGUAAAAGGGAAAAAGAAAGUCUUGUUUGAAUGUCUAAAUGUUAUCCAAGCACGAAAGAAAAAACUUUUGGAGCAGCACAAAUACAGAGAGCUAGCCCGAUAUCUCAAAGCAGUGAAGUCUGAAAACACGCUGCACAUGCAAAACCUAUUGGAUGAAAUACCGUUUUAUAUGUGUAAAUGUGGAGAUUUUAAUUCUGCUGCGGAAAGUCUGUUUUCUGCAAGAUAUCCAUUUUGCUGUACUGCCUGUCGCUUGAGUCCUGUUCAGUUUAUCGUCUAUUUAAAGAUACUGCUAAGUGGCCAGGUUCCUGCUGGAAAUGAAGUAGAUGAUUCAGGAAAAUGGGAAACCAUUCAAGGUACAACACCAUUAAAGAAGUCUUUUGUUGUGAAAAUUGCACUCCAGACACUUAGCUGCAAUAACCAAUUGUUCACAGAUCCGGAAUCAUGGGAAGCCCUAAUUACUGCGACAUGUAGUAGUCACAAGUUGACAAGAGAGGGUAAUUUCCAGUGCAUUGCUUACAAAAAGCCAGACGAAGAGUUUAUACAGCGACACGGAUAUCUUUCCAUGAAGCUUGUAGAAGAAUUGAAAAUGAGGCAGAAUUUUGUUUAUCCACAAUGUUUUCAUGAUGCUAGAUACAGAGAUGAAGCCCUGCUGCUGCUAGUCACUGAGGCUUUGAUGAAAAUGCCUUACAAUGACUUUCCUGUUCUCCUAAAUAUUGUUUUGGCAUUUAGGGAAAACAUGUGGGCACUGAAGUAUCUCUUGGAUGGACUGAAUGAAACGCUUCUAAAUCAGUUUAUCUAUUGCUUGGAAAUGGAUCUUUAUAGGCAUUCCAACAUCCUCCUCACAAGGUUAUCACCUAAUGAUCCACAAGUUCUUGGAGAUUUCAUUUUCUUUUUUCUUUCACAAGAGCACUACUUGCUGUGGCCCAUUGGUAACAUGAUCCAGGACAUUUUACUUAAAAAUUGGACUGUGCAUCAAAACUACUACUGGCAAAACCAUCUGCACUGCAAGAUGAAUAAACAGAAUCCUUCACAUAUUUCACAAUAAACCCGAAGCAAUGGAAAUAAGAAAAUGCACCUUCUUGAAAUUCUGUUUAUGGGAGUGUGGUGCCUGUCUUCUCCACUUCACCUUUUGGUGGGGAAAAAACCUAGAAAAUUUACCUAGCAACUAAUGUAAUGCAAAUUUUAAAAUAUUUUAUAAUAUGCACAACAGAUUUUUUUUAUGAUUCUAUAUUUAACUGGAUUUGUAAAUAACUUUUUUUUUUUUUUUAAUUUUUGUAGCAGUACUUUGUAUUAAAAAGAUGACAUGUAAAACUAGAAAUAAAAUUAUACUUUGUA